UUUUUUUAUAAAUAACUUUAUAAAGUAACUCUUAUUAAAAUUGCGAUAAAACGAUAUAAAAUACUUGGUGCAUUUUGUACUGAUAUAUACAGAUUUUGUUAAACGUCACAAUUUCAAAAAUGGUUUUCCAAUUACUUACCAGAAAACUAGUCGAACGUAAUAAAUUUUAAAUUAUAGAGCCACACAAUACUGGAGUAUGUAAUUUGCGACCUUCGCGAACGGAUAAUCAAAAUAGAGUGAAUGUUCAGGUAUGAACCAUCACAUUGGGAUCUUAAUACCAUUCCAUCGAAUUUACUUAGGGAUAUUGGUAGAAAAUUGAAUGACACGCAGCGAUCGAACCGGAAAUGAAGAGUAGUCGCUGUUCGAAGAAAUUACAGUACGCGUUCCUCAAUAUAUCUAGUCAUUCGGUGGUUCCCUUGGCACAUACCAGUUUGUUUUUCAUAAGCAUUAACGUGGUAGCUUCAAGAAACAUGAAGACACAUUGGAAUAAGAAAACUAGAUUCGACAGUUCAAAACAAGGAUAUUGCAAAUGCCUGGUAUAUGGGAUGAAAAAAUAUAUGGAAUGGUUUUACGAUUAUUGCAAGAAUACAAAUUUACAUGGUUUCCGUUACAUAAAUAUAGACGAAUCGUCGAUAGUAGAGAAAGUCUUUUGGCUCGUGGUUUGUUUAUUGUCCAUCAUGUUCUGCGUUUUACUAAUGAUGCGUUUAUGGGCAAAUUACUCAAAAAAUCCCAUAAUAACGAGUAUUUACCCAUCAAAUCCGAUAUGGGACAUACCUUUUCCAGCUGUCACCAUAUGUAACAAUAACAAGGUUUACCGUCCACAAGCCGACCUUAUUGCUAAGUAUUUAUACACGAAUGGAUUUACUGCGGACGACAGCGACAAAUUUUUUUCAUCCCUAAUGAAGCUGAUACGACCAAAUAAGAUCUCGCUGGACAAUGUGACCGCGAGAGAGCUCCUCGAUAAUCUCGGUGUGACAGUCGAAGCGCUUAUGGAGCAGUUGAUGCAACCGUGCAGCGCGUUACUACUAAGAUGCGCUUGGGUCGGUAAGAUUUACGAUUGCGGCAAGAUUUUCAAGACGAUCAAGUCUAAAGAAGGUUUCUGUUGCGCUUUCAACUCCCACUACGAUGUAAACAGUGACUACACGAAAAAAAAAAAACAAGAAAUCUUCGGCACCAGCUCGAUGCAGGCUCAUUCGACAUUUAGACGUAUUAUUUUACGCAUUUUUCUAUCAUUAUCUCGCAGAUCUAUCGACUCCACCGAUUUCAACGUCACCUCUGACAGUCUGCCGGGUGUGCACAAAAUUCUGAACGCGCCUGGAAGUGGCCGCGAUGUGGGACUCGCGGUCGCUUUAAACAUCGAGCCCGACAUGUAUAAGGCUACUACGCGCCCUUACGUAGGGGCUUCCAUUAUGAUACACGACCCAAUCGAUUUUCCCGACAUCGGUGCACACAUUGCGUCCGUGCCACCCGGUCACGUCCUAACGAUAUCCGUCGCCGGCACGUUCAUCAAAAGCAUGGAAAGUUUGCGGGGCAUCCCCCAAGAGAAACGUUCAUGCUAUUUCGACAACGAGAUAUUAGGCGAAACUCACUACAGCUAUCAAUCGUGCAUAUCGGAGUGCAUAGCUGAGCGUACAUAUAAUCUGUGCGGCUGCCUGCCGUUUUACUAUCCAGAGACAAAUAAGAGAGGGAGGACAUGUUACUUGCCAGAUAUAAAUUGUCUUUUGAGAGUACGAAAAUUAAUACCAGAAUACAUGAAGUCAAGCACUUGUAAGUGUUUACCCCAAUGCACCGAUAUGAUGUACGAUAUAUUUCCGGAAGAUAUUAAAAUGGAUGACGUAGGGUUCGACUCUGAUUUAACACACGGUUUUAAUAUAAAUAAUGUUUCUUUCGUGUACGUAUUUUUCGGCGAUGUGUCGUAUAUCGAAUACCGCAAGGAGAGCAUCAUCAGCUGGGAUUCACUCCUCGCAUCCUUCGGUGGGAUGUUCGGUCUUUGUCUCGGUGGUUCCAUGUUGAGCGUAAUAGAACUAGUUUAUCUAUUGGCCAGGCAGCUCUUUAGUCGACAGCUCCGCAAAGGACAAGAACAAUCACGUGCAAAAUUGCCGCCGGCGUCGAACAUGUUUCUGUCUAUCCCUAUUAAAGACAAAGCUCAACUGCAGAAAUCGCGAAAUCGUCAGAGAUCGGAUGUUCUCGUCACGUGGUAUCAACCAUCCCUUCAGCAUCGUAAAAUAACGAAUCUCGACGAUAUAAAUCAUAUUAAACACAUUAGAUUUUGAAGCGCUGUCUACUUUAAUCGAACCGAUUUUUAUA